AUGUCCAUCACGAUCGAAAAGAUUCUUGCUGCGACGCCGGCAACGGUGCGCGGUCAGCCAACGCAACUCUCCUGCGACUCCAAGGGUGAGAGGAUAGCCUAUGCAUCUGGCAAAUCAAUCUUCGUCCGAUCUAUCGACAACCCCGAGAUCUGCAAGCAGUAUGUCGGUCACACUGCAGCUACCACCGUUGCCCGUUUCUCCCCUAGCGGCUUCUACAUUGCUUCCGGUGACGUCUCAGGGCAGGUCCGCGUCUGGGACGCUGUCGAGGCAGUCAACACCAAGGGCGAAUAUCACAUAAUCUCUGGACGGAUCAAUGAUGUGGCAUGGGAUGGCGAUUCGCAACGCAUCAUCGCAGUGGGCGACGGCCGCGAGCGCUUCGGGCACUGCAUCACGGCCGACUCUGGCAACAGCGUGGGCGAGAUCUCGGGCCACUCCAAGGUCAUCAAUGCGGUAGCCAUGCGCCAACAACGUCCUUUGCGCGCCGCCACCGUCUCGGACGACGGUAGCAUGGUGUUCCUGCACGGCGCCCCUUUCAAAUUUGCUGCCAAGUCGUCAGACCAGCACACGGGCUUCGUGCUCGGCACCGCCUUCUCGCCGGAUGGGACCUACCUUGUCACAGUGGGCCAGGACAAGCGGAUCCACCUGUACGACGGCAAGACGGGCGAGCACCAGCGCGAGAUCGGCAGCGGUGAGCACAAGGGCAGCGUCUUUGCGGUUGCCUGGGCGCCCGACUCGAAGAGAUUUGUUACCGCUUCGGCAGACCAGACCGUGAGGAUUUGGGACGUCGAGUCUGGCAAGACAACACGUACGUGGCGUAUCGGGGCCAAGGAUGGCGUUGUCAGUGUCCCAGAUCAGCAGGUCGGUGUGGCGUGGCCGGCUGGUCGCAAGGACGGACUGAUCAUCUCACUGAGCCUGUCAGGUGACCUGAAUUAUCUUUCCGAGGGUAGCGAUGACCCUGUCAAGAUAGUCCAGGGUCACAACAAGAGCAUCACCGCCAUGAACGCGGGAUCCCAAGGUUCUUUGUUCACCGGUAGCUUUGAUGGGAGGGUCUGUCGUUGGGACGCAGCAAGUGGGCAGUGCAGCCUCGUCGACGGGAGUGCGCAUACCAACCAGGUUACUGCCUUUGCGGCAUUAUCGGGUCGGACCUACAGUGUUGGCUGGGACGACCAGCUCAAGUCAGUAGAUGAGGCUGCCAACACCUUUGCAGGCUCCUCGGUGGCGCUGGGUGCGCAGCCCAAAGGUGCUGCCGCGGCAGGGCGCCGUGUUGUGGUGGCACUGGCAACGGGCUUGGCCGUCUACGACGAGAACAACAAGCAGGUUGGCAAGCUCGAUACCAGCUUCACACCCACUUCAGUGGCGGCGAAUGGGUCGGCAGUUGCUGUCGGGGCGGAAAACAACUCAGUUGUGAUAUACAAGCUGGACGACGGCGGAGCGCUCACCGAGACGAACAAACUGACGCGGUCGACGGCCCCGGUCACCGCCCUGGCGUUCUCGCCCGAUGGAAAAGCGCUCGCCGCGGGCAACUCAUCGGGCAAAAUUGUUGCAUACACGGUUGGCGGCAACUGGGACGUGCUGACCGACAGGUGGUCAGCCCACACGGCGCGCGUCACGUCGAUAGGCUGGAACUCGACCGGGACACACGCGGUGAGCGGUGCGCUUGACACGCACGUUUACGUGUGGAGCGUGGCCAAGCCCGGAUCGAGGGUGAAGGCGCUCAACGCGCACAAGGAUGGCGUCAACGGGUGCUGCUUCCUCGCCGACGAUAGAGUUGCCAGUGCCGGCAGCGACGGCGCCGUCAAGACCUGGACUGUGUCUGGUCUUCAGUGA